AUGUCUGUUUAUAUCUAUCUAUCUAUCUAUCUAUCUAUCUAUCUAUCUAUCUAUCAUUCAUCUAGUCUGUUUCUAGUCUAUCUAUCUAUCUAUCUAUUCAUCUAUCUAUCUAUCUAUCUAUCUAUCUCAGUCUGUUUCUAUCUAUCUAUCUAUCUAUCUAUCUCUAUCUCAGUCUGUUUCUAUCUAUCUAUCUAUCUAUCUAUCUAUCUAUCUGUUUCUUUCUUUAUUUUUUCUUUCUAUCUAUCUAUAUCAGUCUUUUCAUGUCUAUUCAUUUCAAGCUGUUUAUAUCUAUCUAUCUACGUAUCUAUCUCAGUCUGCUUCUAUCUAUCUAUCUAUCUAUCUAUCUAUCUAUCUAUCUAUCUAUCUAUCUCAGUCGGUUUCUAUCUAUCUAUCUAUCUAUCUCAGUCGGUUUCUAUCUAUCUAUCUAUCUAUCUAUCUAUCUAUCUAUCUAUCUAUCUUAGCUUUCUGUUUCUAUCUAUCUAUGUAUCUAUCUAUCUAUCUAUCUAUCAUCUAUCUAUCUGUCUAUCUCAGUCUGUUUCUAUCUAUCUAUCUAUCUAUCUCAGUCUGUUUUUAUCUAUCUAUCUAUCUAACUUAGCUUGUUGA